AUGCAUAAACAACAAACAGGGUUUAGGCAAUUGGAGCAGCAUCUGCAGCAGCAGCAUCUGCAGCAGCAGCAUCUGCAGCAGCAGCAUCUGCAGCAGCAGCAUGCAGAGAGAGAAAGAGACAGAGAGAGACAGAGAGAGAAACAGAGACAGAAAAAGGGAGAGAGACAGAGAAAGAGAGAGACAGAGACAGAGAGAGACAGACAGAGACAGAGAGAGAGACAGAAACAGAGAGAGACAGAGAGACAGACACAGAGAGAGACAGAGAGAGACAAAGACAGAGAGAGACAGAUACAGAAACAGAAAGAGACAGACGGAGACAGAGGGAGACAGAGAGAGACAGACAGAGACAAAGACAGAGAGAGACAGAGAGAGAAACAAAGGCAGAAGAAGCAAUUAGAGAGAGACAGAGACAGAGACAGAGACACAGAGAGAGACAAAUACAAAGAAACGAACACAAAGACAGAGACAGAGAGAGAUACAGAAAAGACCGCCUCGUGCAAUGAGCAGCAACAGCAGCAACAGCAGCAACAGCAGAAACAGCAGAAACAGCAGCAACAGCAGCAGCAACAGCAGCAACAUCAACAGCAGCAACAGCAGCAGCAGCAGCAACAGCAGCAACACCAACAGCAGCAGCAGCAGCAACAGGAGUUGUUGUGUAGUUUGUGUCUGACUUGUCCAGUGGUGAUAUCUGUGAUAUCUUGCCUCAUGCAAAGAGCAGCAACAGCAGCAACAGCAGCAACAGCAGAAACAGCAGCAACAGCAGAAACAGCAGCAACAGCAGCAGCAACAGCAGCAACAUCAACAGCAGCAGCAGCAGCAGGAGCAGCAGCAACAGGAGUUGUUGUGUAG